UGCCGGGAGAGAGGGAGGUUUGAGCGGUGAACACCGGCAGCUGGUUGACGGUCCCGGCUGUGAGUACGAUAGCGCCAGCAUGAGGCGGUCAGCAGCCCCAAGCCAACUACUCGCUGGAAAUGCAGCUAAAAGGCCUCGCUUCGUGCCACCAGUUAAAGUGACUCCAUCUUCAUAUGUGUCGGUGGGGAAUGGGACGACGACAUUAGAGCCCAAGAAGGACCUCGUAUCUCCAGACACACGUGAAAGGAGCUGCGGGGGUGCCUCGCCUUGUAUUGGAGAAGUAGGAGCUACACCGCCUGCUGUCACCCCCCAGAAGCCGGCAGUCGCUGCUGUCUCCAGGUUCAGACCUCCGACUGGUUUGGCCGAUCCUCUCCGAGCAGCAAAUCAGAUGGUGGAUGGUAGAAGCGAGGAGGAAGAGGCGAGCUGCCCCCAAAAGUACUUCAGCGUGGUCUGGGGCAAAGCGUCAAAGAAGAAGCACAAGAAAUGGGAAGGAGACGCUGUUCUCAUCGCGAGAGGAAGAUCAGUGACGUUGAAGGACCUGGAAGGCAAAGAUAUUGGAAAAGGGUCGGGAUACAAGCUGAAGGAUCUGGAAAGCUUGGAAGAAGGCCACACCUUGAUGAUUGGUGGAAAGGAGAUUGAGGUGAUGGGUACAAUCUCAGCAGAAGAUUACAGCAGCGGCAGGUGCUUUCACUCGUCAGUGAUGGCGCCCACCCAGACACCUUCAGAUUACGCCCCACCGAAACCAUUCACCAACCCAGUGAAACAUGGGAGCAAAGAAGGCGCAUCAAGAGACCUCCCGAUCUGCAAACCUCGACACGAUCCCAGCGCACCAAACUCUAUUGUAAUGCCGAGACCAUCGAAAUAUCACCAGCAAAUGUUCAAUAAAAGCGGCUAUCCUGUUGUAGAUGUGGUGGUGGAUCCAUAUGUGGCAGUCCAUCUACGACCCCAUCAAAAAGAAGGGAUUCUGUUUCUCUAUGAGUGUGUGAUGGGCAUGAGGGUCAGUGGACAAUUUGGAGCUAUCCUGGCUGAUGAGAUGGGCCUAGGCAAAACGCUUCAGUGUAUCUGUUUGAUCUGGACUCUUCUACGCCAAGGUCCAUAUGGAGGGAAGCCUGUCUUCAAGAGAGCGCUGAUUGUGACCCCAGGGAGUCUGGUGAAGAACUGGAGGAAAGAGUUUCAGAAGUGGUUGGGAACUGAGAGAAUGAGAGUGUUUGCAGUGGAUCAGGAUCACAAGGUGGAAGACUUCGUCAGUUCUCCUUUGUACUCGGUGCUCAUCAUCAGCUAUGAGAUGCUAUUACGCUCUCUAGAACAACUCCAGAACCUGAGCUUUGAUCUCAUCAUCUGUGACGAGGGCCAUCGCUUAAAGAACAGCUCCAUAAAAACAACUUUGGCGCUCAGCAGUUUGUCUUGCAGCAGAAGGAUCAUCCUGUCCGGCACUCCAAUUCAGAACGAUCUCCAGGAGUUUUAUGCAUUGAUCGACUUUGUAAAUCCAGGAAUUCUUGGCGCUCUGUCCGCUUACAGAAAAAUAUAUGAGGAGCCAAUAAUUAGAUCCCGCGAGCCUUCAGCAAAUAAAGAGGAAAAAAAAUUAGGAGAUGAAAGAGCCACAGAACUGGGACGUCUAACAGGCCUAUGUGUUCUCCGAAGAACCCAGGAGGUCAUUAAUAAAUUUCUCCCUCCUAAAAUUGAGAGCAUUGUCUUCUGCAGACCCUCCGAGCUCCAGCUUGAUCUUUACAAAAGGCUUCUGAGCUCUCGUCUUGUUAAGUGUUGUUUGCAAGGCUCAGGAGACAGUAGUCCUCAUCUCGUGUGCAUUGGGGCACUGAAGAAACUUUGCAACCACCCGUAUCUGCUUUAUAAAACCAUCCAGGAGAAGAGCACCAGUGUGGGCUGCGAGGAGCAGAGCUUCUAUGAAACUCUGGCCGAGCUCUUUCCCUGCGGUUAUAGCACACAUACAGCUUCCGAAUCCGGAAAACUGCAGGUUUUAACAAAAUUAUUAUUAGCCAUAAGAGAGCACGGCCCCUCCGAGAGAGUGGUUCUGGUCUCUCAUUACACUCAGACCUUAAAUAUACUACAAGACGUGUGUCAGCGGCAUGGAUAUAAGUGCACCAGACUGGAUGGACAGACGCCGGUCACACACAGGCAGCAAAUUGUGGACGGAUUUAAUAGCAAGUAUUCAACAGACUUCAUCUUCCUACUUAGCUCCAAAGCGGGCGGUGUGGGGCUGAACCUGAUCGGAGCCUGCCAUUUAAUUUUAUAUGACAUUGACUGGAAUCCAGCUAAUGACAUGCAGGCGAUGGCUCGUGUGUGGAGAGAUGGCCAGCAGCGCACUGUCCAUAUAUACCGGCUCCUGACCACAGGGACUUUAGAAGAAAAGAUCUAUCAGAGGCAGAUAAGUAAACAGGGUCUCUCCGGGGCGGUUGUUGACUUUGCCCCGAAAUCAGAACAUAUUCGAUUUUCCGUGGAUGAACUCCGAGAUCUCUUCACUCUGCAUGAAGAUUCGGACUGUGUAACCCACGACCUGCUGGAAUGUGACUGUACAGUAACAAAACGCCUUCCAGCUGAUGCCACGGGAAAUCACUUCACGCCCAGGAGCUGUCACCUCGGCAGGAAGGCAGAGAAGAACAUUUCCAUGUCUGAAUUAAUGCAGUGGAACCACUUCUCCAUGCAUCAGCUUUCUGAUGAAUUGUUUCUCCAGCCAGGCAAAGAAUAUAUUUCCUUUGUUUUCCAGAACAUGACAAACGGCUAAUGGCGCUGAAUACGUGUCCCUGUGUGAGUAGUCCAUGAGAGGACAAUGCUUCGCAGAGACAUUGCAGCCCUCUGCAAGUCCACGGGAGCAGCGCUGUCUGUCCUUUACAUGAGAGGGGUUUUCAAUAGUUUUCAGUUUUGGUUUUAUAAAAUUGGACAUGAAAUGCACACUGUACUACCGAGGAACAUGUGGAGGGUACCAACAGAUAUAGACGCACAUGUGUUCACGAGGAAGUAACGUAGAACAUUGAAGUCUGUGUAGGAGACACGAGAUACUGAAAGGGAAACAAUAUAAUAAAAUAUUCCAAUCCAUAGACUUUCCAUAUAUGUGCAUCUACUGCACGGCCAGGCAAAGGAUAUUAGUAGAUGGCUUCUGGAGUAAGGACUGAUGCACACUAGCGUAUUUUUAAUCUGCAUCCGGCACCCAAUCACUUCAGUGGGGCCGCAAAAGAUGCUGUCCACAUCCGUAUAUCCAUUCUGCAGCCCUGGAAAAAAUAGAACAUGUCUUAUUCUUGUCCGCAUUACAGACAAGGACAAAACAGUUCUAGCAGAGGCCGGCCGUUCCGUAAAAUGUGGAAUGCACACGACCAGUAUCCGUGUUUUGCGGACUGCAAAACAGCCAACGGUUGUGUGCAUGAGCCCUAAAUGGGACGACAAAUUAGACCAUUUUAGAGUUUUCCAGGUGAAGUUAACUAGACAAGGAAAUUUGGAAAGGCUGGAGACCUGGGGGACAUAGUAGGGAAGAAGAGGAAACAGCAGAUCCCACUAAAUACUGAGGACUUGAUGAGGUUCAAAGAAGAUUAAAAGGGGUUAUGCCAUGAUUAUAACAAUGAAAAUAAUCUAGUACAUGACCAUCUCUAUCUAACAAAGCUAGAACCAGCCCUGUACCUCACAUGUGUCCAGAGAGCUCCCCAUUCAUUGCUCUAAUUGUUCUAGAUUCAUGCUGGCAGCUCAGGGAGCGUGUGUCCUUUCUCAGGGAGCGUGUGUCCUUUCUCGGGGAGCGCGUGUCCUUUCUCGGGGAGCGUGUGUUUUCUGCUGUAGCUUUUUCCCUGUAACCUCCACAGCUUCUGACAUAAGAUAUGGCUGGUUGUAGUUGAAGAGUUAAACUGAGCACAUACGACCACCUUAGUGAGGUGGGCAAGAAAUAAGGAAAACAGCAGGUGGCGCUAUACAGGUACAUUUAUUGAAUAGCUCACUGGCUAUACUAAAUUUUUAAUUACCUGCAAUUACAAUAUUAUUUAGAUCCAGGCGCUAGUUUGAAAAAUGUAAAAUAUGUUUUGUGGCGCAACCGCUUUAUGGUGAUAUGUACCCAGCAGUGUCGUUUAUGUGGAUUUUGUGUGUUUUUUUUUUUUGCUGCGUUUCCACACCAAAAUCCACACAUUACUUGUGGAUUUUGACUCUGAUUUGCCCCAGAUCUUAUCCUUGCAUUGCAAAGGGUGAAAUCUGCUCUGAAAAUCUGCAGAAACAAUUGACAUGCAGCGGAUUUCAAACUCCUCGCCGCAGGUGAAUUUCUGCAUAUACCCUAAAAGUUAUCCAAAGGUACUUCAUGGGGGGAGCCUUAGUCAGAUGAUAUGGUUAGGUCACAAGGGUGUAUGAGAUGUGGGAGGACUGAAAGACAGACCAGUGAAACCAGCGAUUGCUAUAUACUUGUUUUAUGUAAAGCUGUAUUAUUGCAUGAUGUAAAUUUACUUCCUACAGCUGAGGGUUUGCUACAGUUCUAUCCAGCCUAAACAGCCCUCUGUGAGCCUGGACUCCGCCUCAUACAUUGUAAAGAACAACAGCAGAGGUUUCUGCAGUAGACGGUGAUGUAUUUAGCACACAGAGCAUUGUCUGGACUAGAUACAAUUGUAGGAAACCCCCAUCAGUGUUAGGGUAGGUUCACACACAGCUUUUUGGAGGAGGUUUUGAGGCAGAUUUCUGUAGGUUUUUCAGCCAAAGCCAGGAGUGGAUUCAAAGGGAUUCGUCUUCUCCGUCCUGCGGGAUCCGCUUUUUCUAUUACUGUGCUCGGUCUAUAUGGGUUUUCAGAAUCCGGAUGUCUUAAUUCAUUGACAGCAAGCAGAAAAAUUUGUGAGGAAAAGAAAGGCAAAAUAUAUUAUACAAUGAUUACGCUUUAUUUACAUCAAAACAGCGCGCGCUUUUCCCCAUUAAACUCUAUUACAGCCGGGGAACCCCCUUUAAAUUGCAUUCCUAGAGAUUCCAGUGGAUGUCCUCCUCUCCCACCCUGCCGACAUGUGGCCCUUUGCUGUAUAUGAGCAGCAGGCGUGUGAUGAGUGGGUGUACACUGAAUUCUUAUACAUUUUCAUUAUGUUUCAGGAACAUCGAACCACCUGACCAGUGGGAGAAAUUUUGCGCCGAUAAUCUGAAGUUGUCCCAUGAAAAAUAUUCUGCAGUAUUCAAACCAGCACCUGG